GAUAGCAAUGGAAACUUGGAGUUGGCAGUGGCUUUCCUCACUGCGAAGAAUGCCAAGACCCCUCAGCAGGAGGAGACAACUUACUACCAAACCGCGCUUCCUGGCAAUGAUAGAUACAUCAGUGUGGGAAGCCAAGCAGAUGCGAGGCCAUAGGGGAUCCCUGAGGAUCCAUGGACUCCACUUGGAGAACUGCUACUAUGGAGGAAAGCCACUGGAUUUAAUAGAAGACUUAAAUUUGAAGUCUCGCCGCCAUUUUUUAUUCUUAUGAUGAUAUACUUCAUUUCUCACAAUGUCAGUUAUCUGUCUCUUGUAUCAGAUAGAGUUAAAAAUAUCUUGCCUUGUGUUUUGCUUUUGUGUUGCUUGAGUUACAAUUGAUAAAUUAUGAGAAAGCUCUAAGUUUAAGUUGUUGCUAUUUCUGAGUGAGUUUCUGCCUUAGCUGGUUUGGUUUACUUGUCAGUCACGAAACAGUAAACACUCUAGAUAGUUUCAUAGAAGAAAUUUAAUCCAGAGGAUUAGGUUCUUAAAAAAAUCACUGGAAGCACUGGAGAGAGGAUCUCUAGCUCAGCUUUCAGAAGUGACUCCUGGAUUCUUGUGGGACUCGCCAGCCGGGGAAGCUCUCCCUCUGCCACAAUCAGGAGGGUAGUGAGUGAGUAAAUCAGGAGGCUGCCUCUGGGACUCCUGGGUUCAAGAACAUGCUUCUGUAGCUGCAGCCCAGAGAAGAAUAAGCAUCCAAGAUUAGGUAACUGCCGCUGAGCUAUGCCCGGACAUUGGAAUGCAGAGUCUAGUUGCCACUUCUACUCUUAUCUCUUGACAUCCCUGAAGCUGGAAAUUGGACACUGGAAUGCCACUGUGGAACAACCCACAUCUCUUCAGUCAUGCUGGAGAGAACAGCCAAAAGCAGCAGGAAGAGGGCUUCCCCCUCACUCUGCCUUCCAAAGCUCAUGUUAGUGCAUCCAGUUGGUGGAACCUAAAUUUUAUCCAGAACCUUAACUGCACGUGAAUUGGGAAAAUAGAUUUGUUUGUAUCUUUUAAUCUUUCCAGCUUCUAUCGUUGAAUAAAGCAUACUUGGAGGAUGAGAGAAUGGAGUCUGAGGGCUAAUUGAUCAUAUCCCCAAAACCUGUUUUUCUGCUGCUUGGUGAUUUUCAAAUUGUUUCCCUUACUUCCAUUAUUCUCUCUUUUCUCACCUCUAUUCUAGUCAUUAUUUAAUGACCAAGGUGGUUCUCAUUUUCAUAAGGCCAUUUCAUCCCUCUCUAGUCCUGACUUCUGCUUCAUCAAUAUUUAAGUUGGAUUGGAUAGUUAUACCCCGGUGACACCCAUGUUCAGCCGUGGUCGACCUGUACUUAGGUCUUGUAAGCCGGACUCAGAAAGCCUUUGGCCUGCUGAUAGAUCUAGGCAUGCUCCAUCAUUUCAGUUACCUUGCUAUGUGUUCUACAUUUUACUUGACUGAAUUUUUUUGGACCCUACUUACUACAUUUUUGUGAGGUUUUAUUAUACUUUCUAAGAACAUUAAAAAAAAAAAUCUUCCAUGGCCAACUAUUAUUUCUAAUAUUUUUAAUAUCCUUGUAAGCUACCCUUUGGAGAAAAAGUGUGGAUAACAAUAGAAAUAGGCCAAUAUAUAUUAUUUAUUUCUUAUUAAAUGUGGAAUAUUCUUCUCCAACCUCUGUAUGUAACCCUAUAGCUAGAUGGUAAAAUGCAAGCAUCUUAUCUCCCAUCACCUACUCCUUUUUGUUUGUCUCCCUUUUAUAAAAUUCUAGGAUUACAAUGAAAAAAAAUUAGUUUUUAACAUGUCUCAAAUACAAAUAAACAAAAGGAAUACAGAACUUGUCCAAAAUACCCAGAGGCAAAAUCCCAACCACACAAAGAUAAGAUGUGAUUGAUCUCACUGGAGAUGAUGAAGAUGAUCUUCAGAGAGCAGUUGCCUUGAGUUUGGCGGAAUCAAACAGGGCGUUCAGGGAGACUGGAAUGACUGAUGAGGAGCAAGCCAUUAGCAGAGUUCUUGAAGCCAGCAUAGCAGAAAAUAAAGCCUGUUUGAAGAGGACACCUACGGAAGUUUGGAGGGAUUCUCGAAACCCUUACGAUAGAAAAAGGCAGGACAAAGCUCCUGUUGGACUAAAGAAUGUGGGCAAUACUUGCUGGUUUAGUGCUGUUAUUCAGUCAUUAUUCAAUCUUUUGGAAUUUAGAAGAUUAGUCCUGAAUUAUAAGCCUCCAUCACAUGCUCAAGAUUUACCCCGAAACCAAAAGGAGCAUCGGAAUUUGCCUUUUAUGCGGGAGCUGCGGUAUCUAUUUGCACUUCUUGUUGGUACUAAAAGGAAAUAUGUUGAUCCAUCAAGAGCAGUUGAAAUUCUUAAGGAUGCUUUCAAGUCAAAUGACUCCCAGCAGCAAGACGUGAGUGAGUUUACACACAAAUUAUUAGAUUGGUUAGAAGAUGCCUUCCAAAUGAAAGCUGAAGAGGAGACGGAUGAAGAGAAGCCAAAGAACCCGAUGGUAGAAUUGUUCUAUGGAAGAUUCCUAGCUGUGGGAGUACUUGAAGGUAAAAAAUUUGAAAAUACUGAAAUGUUUGGUCAGUACCCACUUCAGGUCAAUGGAUUCAAAGAUCUACACGAGUGCCUAGAAGCUGCUAUGAUUGAAGGAGAAAUUGAGUCUUUACAUUCAGAGAAUUCAGGAAAAUCAGGCCAAGAGCAUUGGUUUACUGAACUACCACCUGUGUUAACAUUUGAAUUGUCAAGAUUUGAAUUUAAUCAGGCAUUGGGAAGACCAGAAAAAAUUCACAACAAAUUAGAAUUUCCUCAGGUUUUAUAUCUGGACAGAUACAUGCUCAGAAACAGAGAAAUAACAAGAAUUAAGAGGGAAGAGAUCAAGAGACUAAAAGAUUACCUCACAGUAUUACAACAGAGACUAGAAAGAUAUUUAAGCUAUGGCUCGGGUCCCAAACGAUUCCCCCUGGUAGAUGUUCUGCAGUACGCCUUGGAAUUUGCCUCAAGUAAACCUGUUUGCACUUCUCCUAUCGAUGAUAUUGAUGCUAGUUCCCCACCUAGUGGUUCCGUGUCAUCACAGACAUUACCAAGUACAACAGAGCAACAGGGAACUCCUUCUUCAGAACUGCCAAGCACGUCACCUGCGUCAGUAGCUGCCAUUUCAUCGAGAUCAGUAAUACAUAAACCAUUCACACAGUCUCGGAUACCUCCAGAUUUGCCCAUGCAUCCAGCACCAAGGCACAUAACAGAAGAAGAACUUUCUGUGCUAGAAAGCUGUUUACAUCGCUGGAGGACAGAAAUAGAAAAUGACACCAGAGAUUUGCAGGAAAGCAUAUCCAGAAUCCAUCGAACAAUUGAACUAAUGUACUCUGACAAAUCUAUGAUCCAAGUUCCUUAUCGCUUACAUGCUGUUUUAGUUCAUGAAGGCCAAGCUAAUGCCGGGCACUACUGGGCUUACAUUUUUGAUCAUCAUGAAAACAGGUGGAUGAAGUACAAUGAUAUUGCUGUGACAAAAUCAUCAUGGGAAGAGCUAGUGAGGGACUCUUUUGGUGGUUAUAGAAAUGCCAGUGCAUAUUGUUUAAUGUACAUAAAUGAUAAAGCACAAUUCUUAAUACAAGAGGAGUUUAAUAAAGAAACUGGGCAGGCCCUUGUUGGAAUAGAAACAUUACCACCGGAUUUAAGAGAUUUUGUUGAGGAAGACAACCAGCGAUUUGAAAAAGAACUAGAAGAAUGGGAUACACAACUUGCCCAGAAAGCUUUGCAAGAAAAACUCUUAGCAUCUCAGAAGUUGAGGGAGUCAGAAUCUUCUAUAACAGCAGCACAAGCAGGAGAGCCAGAAUAUCUAGAGCAGCCAUCAAGAAGUGAUUUCUCAAAGCACUUGAAAGAAGAAACUGUUCGAUUAAUUACCAAGGCAUCACACGAGCAUGAAGAUAAAAGUCCUGAAACAGUUUUGCAGUCGAAACCUGAAAAUACCACAAGCCAACCACCUUCUAACCAGCAAGUUGUAGAGGUGGCGAUCCCUCAUGUAGGGAAAUUUAUGAUUGAGGCGAAGGAGGGGGGUUAUGAUGACGAGAUCAUGAUGACACCGAACAUGCAAGGUAUUAUCAUGGCGAUAGGUAAAUCCAGGAAUGUAUAUGACAGGUGUGGCCCUGAAGCAGGGUUCUUUAAGGCAAUUAAGUUGGAGUAUUCAAGAUUGGUUAAAUUGAGCCAAGAAGACACCCCACCAGAAACAGAUUAUCGUUUACAUCAUGUAGUGGUCUAUUUUAUCCAGAACGAGGCACCAAAGAAAAUCAUUGAGAAAACUUUGCUAGAACAAUUUGGAGAUAGAAAUUUAAGUUUUGAUGAAAGGUGUCACAACAUAAUGAAAGUUGCUCAAGCCAAACUUGAAAUGAUCAAACCUGAAGAAGUAAACUUGGAGGAAUAUGAGGAGUGGCAUCAGGAUUACAGGAAGUUCAGGGAGACGACCAUGUAUCUCAUAAUUGGGCUGGAAUAUUUUCAAGGAGAAAGGUAUAUAGAUUCCUUGCUGUUCCUUAUCUAUGCUUAUCAGAAUAACAAAGAACUCUUGUCCAAAGGCCAAUACAGAGGACAUGAUGAAGAAUUAUUAUCACAUUAUAGAAGAGAAUGUUUACUAAAAUUAAAUGAGCAAGCUGCAGAACUGUUUGAAUCUGGAGAGGAUCGAGAGGUGAAUAAUGGUCUGAUUAUCAUGAAUGAGCUUAUUGUCCCAGUGUUGCCCUUGUUAUUGGUGGAUGAAAUGGAAGAGAAAGAUAUACUCGCUGUGGAAGAUAUGCGAAAUCGAUGGUGUUCCUAUCUUGGACAGGAAAUGGAAUCAAACCUCCAAGAGAAGCUGACAGAUUUUCUGCCCAAACUGCUUGAUUGUUCUACGGAGAUUAAAGGUUUCCAUGAGCCUCCGAAGUUACCUUCCUAUUCCACGCAUGAACUCUGUGAGCGAUUUGCCCGAAUCAUGUUGUCCCUCAGUCGAACUCCUGCUGAUGGAAGAUAAACUGCACACACACUUCCCCUAAACACACUGUAUAAACAUUUUUUAGUUCUUAACCCUUGCCUUCCUGUCACAGGGUUUGCUUGUUGCUGCUAUAGUUUUUAACUUUUUUUAUUUUAAUAACUGCAGAAGACAAAAUGACUAUACAGACUUUAGCCAGACUGCAAACAAUAAAGCUGAGAAUCGCAUGGCGCUCAGACUUUGUUUUACCCAGAACUGAUGUAUAAUUACAAAUCUGAUUGAUCUUAUUAUGGCAAAACCAUGCUUUUGCCACCUUUCUGUUACAGUAUUACCUUGCUUUUAUCUUUUCUUUAUCUACAGCUUUCCAUUCAGUCUGGAUCCUUCCACGACUACAGCCAUUUAAGUGUUCAGCACUGUGUACGAUACAUAAUUUGGUAGCUUGUAAAUGAAAUGAAAGAAUAAAGUUUUAUUUAUGGCUACCUACGUGUUUGUAAGCAGGUAUAUUGUAUGCUAGUAUAUUAUUUUAGUUAUAAAUGAAUUUUGUCUGGGGAUUGUUUAAGAUUGGGUGAUGAGUAGAUUAAUACAGACUUUUCAUUUUGCUUUAAUGUUAGCACAUUGGAAAUUUACUAAGUAUUCGACACUUAAAUAUAUCUAUAUUUUUGACUAAGUUGUUAAACUUAGUAUGGCACCUAAACCUGUUUUGUGUUCAAAUCAGGUUUUCACUGAAGUGAGCGGCUGAUAUUUAAGUCAACCACACUGAAACUUUUAACCUUUUCUUAGAUUAAUCUUUUAUUUUUUUAUGUAUUUACAGAUAAUAUAGCAAGGUGAUUAUUUUAAGAGAUACUAGAAAAAAGUACUUGAAUAAGGGCUAUUUAAUAGUGAAACUUAUAAGAAACAUAUAUAUGUAUAUAUACACAAACAUACACACACGUGUACACACACACAUAUUCUUUAUAAUGGAGGACAAUGUUUUGCAUUAUAUAAUCAUUCUAUUUUUGUAAGUUGUAUACCACUUUAAUUGAAAAUGUUCUCUACUAAUCAAUGCUGUGAAAUGAAGUUGAUAUUGUUGAACUAGAGGUUCCAAGAGUACCUUACCUGCUUUUCAUAAAGGGAAAAGCUGUAGAACAUUUUGUAGAUGGAACUGCUGUUUAAGAUUAAUGAAGUAAUAUUGUGAAUGAAAAUCAGUGCUUUAAAGCUAAUCAUGUUACCAACAGCCUAUUUUUGAAUUUAUAAAAGUUUCUUUAUAAAUGAUACUUUGUUAGCAUAGUAAAAUAUAUCAUUAUA